CCAGCGUGUCGCCAAUUCUGAAAGAUUUUAAGAGAUGUGCAUGCAGCAUGGAUAACAUUUGAAAACUGUCCUUAAAAAGAACAGGUGAACACGGCUCAUCAUGGAUUUUAAUGAGAGACGAAGGCUGUUUGAAGAGGGAGGAGGCAACGCUCCGGUUCCUCAGGCACAUGCUAAUAGAAAGGCCGGUGCCAACGCUGUAAAUGUAAAACUUGCAGACAAGUACAAACUCUCACUGUUCGAGAGACCAUUACCACUAAUCGUCAAACACGAUGAUGGUGAAGGAAACGCACUGUCUUACAACCAUGAUACCCUCGAGGAACUUAGCCAAAUUGAGGAGCCAUUGUGUGUCAUAGCUGUAGCUGGAUGUCUGAGGACUGGAAAAUCGUUCCUUCUAAGUCGCCUUGUACAGAAGUGCGGCCUUCCAGGAAAGGCUUUCACUGUUGGGCACUCAGCCAACGCACAGACGCAAGGAAUAUGGAUAAUGUGCAGACCUCAUCCUACUCAGGAAGGGAAGGUCAUUGUUUUUCUCGAUACGGAGGGCAUAGAUGAUCCAGAGAAGGUUGAAAUUCAAGAAGACACUUGGAUAUUCCUUAUUGCAACGCUUCUUUGUAAUGCACUUGUUUACAACACAAAAGGGGUCUUUGAUGCAUCACACAUCAGCAAAUUCAGGUAA